AAAGUGUUGGUACAUGUAUUUGUAAUCCCUAUUGUAAAUUGUGAUUCGGUCUACGCCAUUUUGUCCUUUAGUUGUCUAUUUCUUUGUAAUAUUAUUAUGGCUGAUGUUGAACAGAACAUUUCUAAGAAAAAAAUUGGUGAUUUACGUGUUAUAGAUUUGAGAUCUGAGCUUGAGAAAAGAGGAUUGGAUAAGAAUGGAGUCAAAACUGCGCUAGUUGAAAGACUCACAAAAGCAAUACAAGACGAAGGUUUGGAUCCUGGGGAAUAUUUAUUUGAUGUAGCUGCUGAAAAAACACCUACUAAACCAGUGAAGCGCUCAAGCAGAAAAACCAAGGAAAGUGAUUCAGAAGUUGUAGAUGAAGAAGAUGAUGAUGAUAAGCAGGAGGAAGAGGAUGAGAAAAAAGAAAUAAACAAGGAAGACUCCAAAGAUGUUGAAAAGGCAGAAGAGAAAACUACGACCGAUUCAGAAGAACAGAAAAGUGUUCAGUUGAAUGGAAGCGAUUGCAAAGAAGAUAGCAGUAAAUGUGCAUCAAUUAACUCUCGUCUAUCACCACCAAAGCCUGAAACUGCACCUGUUGUAGUUCCUCUUACUGUAGAAGAUGUUAUCAAAUUAGAUACUUCAAUUAAGAUAAAAGCAAGUGACAAUGAUUCAUUGAUUGUAAAUCCUGAUGAUACUCAAAGUGACAUGGAUUCUUCAGUGAAUGAGAGAGAUUCCAUCAAUGAGGACCCAACUGCUGAUGAGGGAGCUGAGAAUUCCGAACAUGCAGGAUCUGAAUCUGCAGAAAAGAAUGAUGUGUCUCAAGAAAAUGAUAUUGAAAUGAAGGAUGCAGCUAUAAAGGACUCAAAUUCAACAGUUGACAUUUCAAAAGACAAUAAUAAACCUUCUGGAAAUGAUAAACCAACCUUAGAACAAAGUGAUGACGCUUCUUCAACCGUCACAACAAAGAGUUCUGAAAAAAGAACAAAAUCAACUUCUGAUAAAGAUGAACAUAUUAAAAGAGUUACUGCAAGUAGUAAAAAUUUAUGGGUGAGUGGAUUAGCUGAGAAGACUAGAGCCAAAGAUCUAAAAGCUUUGUUUAGCAAAUUUGGAAAGGUAUCAGGAGCAAAAAUUGUCACAAAUGCCAGGACUCCAGGAUCACGAUGUUAUGGAUUUAUUACUAUGGCUAGUAGUGAAGAAGCUCUCAUUUGUGUUGACAAAUUGAAUCAUACAGAAUUACAUGGCAAGAUUAUUACUGUUGAAAAAACAACUCGAGAGCCUUCUGGAACAAUUAAAAGAGCUGACUUUAAGGCAAUUAAAACCAAAGGUAGUCAAAAGAAACCUACCGAUUCUACUAAUACUGAAAGUUCAAGUGACAAAACUGAUUUAAUUGGAAAAACUGAUGAAAAAGAAGAAUCUAAAUCUGGUGAUCGAUCAAAAUUUGAAAAGUCAAAAUCUUCAGACAAAGCGAAAUCUUCAGAUAAAAAUAAAUCAACUGAAAAAACUUCUGAUAGAGAAAGUGAAAGUGAAAAGACUAAAGAUGGUGAUGGGAGUGAAGAGAAAAAGGAUAAAAAACGAACAAAAGAUGAUGAUAGGCACAGUCGUGAUAAAUCUCGAGACAGGAAAAGGUCACGAGAUAGAAGAUCUAGUAGAACUCGAAGCAGGAGUCGUGGAAGAAUUGGUUUCAGAGGUGGUUUCUUUAGAAGAGGUUAUACCCGAGGGUUUGGUGCAAGAAGACCAUACAUAUCUGGAAGAAGUUUUAUUGAUCGAUUUCGAGAACAUGAUAGGCACAGAGAUCGUGAUUUGGAUCGAAGGAGGUUUUCAGAGCUUGAAAGGCAAAGAGAAAUUGAAAGAAAAAAUAGAGAAGAGUCUAUUCGGCUUGAAAGAGAAAGGGAAAGACUAAGGAUUGAAAGAGAAAAACUUGAAAGAGAAAGAGCUGAAGUCUUAAGAUUAGAAAGAGAAAAGCAAAGAUUUGAACGAGAAAGGUUAGAAAGAGAAAAGGCAGAACUAAGAAAAAGAACACAAAUGACGCUUGAAGAAAGAAGAGGUAUCAAAAGAGGUUUUGAAGGCCCUCGCAAAGAAGAACCAUUUUGGGAUGACAGAAAACGCCAUGCAGGUCCACGCAGAGAAUCAUCCCUGGAACCACAUCCGAGUUUUGUUGAUUUUGGAAGAGAUCGUGGUAGUUUUCCUGACAGGCGUGCUGAGAGGUUUGAACGAUCUAAAGGUGGUGAUAUCUCUCCUACUUUUAACUCAUCAGUUCGAAGAGAUGUAAGGCAUGAACCUGAUGAACGACUUCCUUUUCAUAGAGGUAGGAGUGGGCGUGAAAUUCCUGAAAGAGGUCGUGAAGAGUGGAAAGGAAAGCCAAAUCGAGAUCGUAGUUUUGAACGAUCUGCUCGUAACACUUUUAAUGAUAGGGGUCGAAAUUUUGAUAGGCCUCAUCCUUGGGGAGAGGGAGCUCCUGAACGUGAUCAAAAUAAAUUUGGCAAUGGAGCAGAGAUGGGCAAUUCACAAUGGGCUCCUGUAAAUAAAACCCCUGAAAACUGGGGCCGAAUGGAUCAACCACAAGAGAGAUGGGCUACUAUGGAACACUCCCGUGGCCAACCUAAUAUGAAUAUUAAUCAUCCACCUAAUAUGGGACAUCCUCCUAAUCAAAUGGGCAUGUUUGGUGGUGGACCUGGAAAUGAAAUGAUUAAUCCAAUUCCUGGACAUUUUCCUGUUGAUCGUUUCAAUGCAAAUUUGAUGCGUCGAUUUUGAAGCAUUAAAAUUAGCAGUAUAAAAACUUGAUGGACCUAUUGAACUAUUAAACAAUUCAUUGUUUUCAUUUAAAAUAUGUACAGUGUGUAUAGUUUUGAUGUAUCAGAACAUAUGGAUGUAUCAUUUUGCUAUUCAAUCAAUAAUUGGUAUCUCUUACUUAGUAUAUGUUACUUUUUAAAUGUUGUCGUCUUUGUUUUGUGUCAAGAAAAUUCAUAAAUGAUUUUAAUUUCAUUGUUAUUUUUUUGACAAUAGUCAUUUCACUAUUUUGGAGAUACAUUUGUUAUUUCAUACUUUAACUGUUUUGUAUUGCUUACUCAGCCAUAUCAAUUUCAUUCGAUUUUGAAGCAUUUGUUCUUACAUUAAUGU